CCUAAAUUCCCGAUUUAGGGUUUUCUGGUUUGUGGGCAGCGCCUUCCUUGAUGGCGAGGCAGGCGGCCGCGGAUCAGCUCAAUCUCUGCGAGUCGCCGUCGUGGGGUUCGCGCAGCGUCGAGUGCUUUGAGAAGCUGGAGCAGAUUGGCGAGGGGACUUAUGGGCAAGUGUAUAUGGCUAGGGAGAAGGAUACGAAUGAGAUAGUUGCGCUUAAGAAAGUUAGGAUGGACAACGAAAAGGAAGGGUUUCCUAUAACUGCUAUCAGGGAGAUUAAGAUCUUGAAGAAGCUCCAGCACGAGAAUGUGAUCAAAUUGAAAGAGAUCGUCACUUCGACUGGACCUGAGCAAGAUGACCCCAAGGAAACGCAGAAGGAUGGGCCAAAAGGAGCCAAAGAAAAAUCUCCUUCUCCUCCAGACGGAAAUAUAUACAAGGGAAGUAUUUAUAUGGUGUUUGAGUACAUGGACCACGACCUUACAGGCUUGUCUGAUCGGCCUGGCAUGCGUUUUACUGUCCCACAAAUCAAGUGUUAUAUGAAGCAGCUUCUCACCGGCCUUUACUACUGUCAUAUCAACCAAGUUCUUCAUCGGGAUAUCAAAGGCUCGAAUCUUUUGAUUGACAACAAGGGGAAUCUCAAGCUGGCUGACUUCGGCUUGGCUCGCUCGUUUUCUAAUGAUCAGAACGCGCUUUUGACCAACCGAGUCAUAACGCUUUGGUACAGACCUCCUGAGCUACUUCUUGGCUGUACAAAGUAUGGGCCAGCAGUAGACAUGUGGUCUGUGGGCUGCAUCUUUGCAGAGCUUCUCUACGGAAAGCCAGUGUUAACGGGAAAAAAUGAGCAAGAUCAACUGGCUAAAAUCUUUGAGUUUUGUGGAACCCCGGACGAGACAAACUGGCCGGGUGUGUCAAAGUUGCCGUGGUAUAACAUGCACAGACCAAGCAUAUAUUACAAAAGGCGUGUGAAAGACGUCUUCAAACAAUUUGAUCGGCAUGCGUUGGAUUUGGUUGAGCGUAUGCUCACACUGGACCCUCUUCAGAGGAUAAUUGCCAAGGACGCCUUGGACGCUGAAUACUUCUGGACAGAUCCUCUUCCUUGUGAUCCCGCGAGCCUUCCGCGCUACGAGUCGUCUCACGAGUUCCAAACAAAGAGGAAGCGGCAGCAGCAGAAGGACGACAUGGCCAAGCGGCAGAAGCCGAAUCAAAACUACCACCACAACAGUCGGCCACCGCCGCCGAUCCAACAGCAGCCGCCCGUCCAAAACAUGAGGCCGGUUCCGGGCCAAGCUGUCCAUCCAUCGGCACACACUGGAGGAGCUCACCAAGGACACUACGCAGGCGGCGGCGGCGGCGGUGGUGGUCGCGGUCCUCCUGGAAACUCCAACCGGCAUCCCCAAGCGGGGGGCCGGCCCGGUGGUAGCGGAGGUAGUGGUGGUAGUAGCGGCGGAGGCUACCAAAACAGGAACCAAGGUGGCUAUGGUAUCCAACCGCCGCCAGGAGCUUACGGUGGUCCUCCUCCCGCCGGUGGACGAGGAGGCUCGUAUCCCAUGCCUCCACCGGGAGGCUAUCCACAGGGUCCUCCCUAUGGCGGUGGAGGACGAGGACCGCCGCCUAUGGGAGGAGGUGGCCGUGGUGGCCAGCAAUACGGGCCUCCAAAUUCUCUGCCUGGACAAUAUAGUGGCCAGCCUUAUGGACAGCCACCACAACAAUACAUGGACAUGGACGGGAACUACAGGAAUUAUUAAAUUCUUUGGUAGUUGCUAAGCAUGAGGAGUUUUGGAUGUAAAUAAUCUUUUCAAAAUUUGUUGUAGAUUAGCUAAGCUGAUUUAGUUCAAGCUAAUAGUCUUUAAUCCGUUAUCGCAA